AUGGCGGUGCCCGUCGCUUGUGGCCCGCUGGCCGAUGGCUCUCUGACCGUCCCCGGCAUCCAACCUAGUCCGGACUUUGCACCGUACGCGGUGGAUGUCGUCGCAAAGAAGGACGGCGUCAGCAGCGCGAUCGCCUCCAAUAAGAUGAAGCGAGUCGCUCCGUUGAUUUUCUCGUUGACCGACGCUCUGGUGGUUACGUUUGGCUAUCUGCGCGCGCACGGAGCGCACGGCGUCAGCGUCAGCGUCGGCCACGCGGCGGCAAAAGGCAAGCUCACAUUGCUGUGGUGUGCGGAAGGCGCGCACGCAAGAGCAAGAAGCGAGCGGGCGCGCGCCGGCCACGUGGCAACAAUCAUGGCCGACGGUGGUUCAUCGCAGUCGUCAGGCGCGCCGUCGUGCGGCUUGCGCCGCUGGAAGCUGUCGCGCCUCGACAUCGUGGUUCCGGAAGGCACCAACACGAGCGAACUUGCCGUCGCUAGCUAUGUUGAUGUCGAUGAGGCGCUGCCACUCGAGCCGUUCGCCAAUCGAAAGAUUGCCGGGCCUCUCGACAGAGACCAAGCGAUCGCGGCGAGGCGAGUGCAGGCGGAGAUGCACGAGGCCACUGUGGGAGGCUCGAGAACGUUUGAGCACACCGGAACUCGUAUUUGGCAUGGAGCUUGGGUCCACCGCGCGUGGGCUCUGGCGAACGCCGCGGUCUUUCGCGACAAAUCCGUUGUCGAGCUCGGCGCGGGCUGCGGGCUGCUCGGCAUCAGCGUGGCGGCGGCAUGUGGCCCACGGAGCGUGUGGCUGAGCGACUUUCGCGGUCACUUUCGCAGUGAGGCGACGGUGAUGCACCUGCUACGCGACAAUGUCGCAAGCAAUCGUGCCCGGCUACCCUUGGAGCCGGCGUGCCUGCGAGUGCUGGAGCUCGACUGGUCGCAGCCGACGAAGCCGGUGGAGUGGAGCAUGGACGCUGCGCAGCCACCGGCGGAGGACUCGCCACGGUCCUCCGCAGAGGCGGCAGCCGCGGGAUUGCUCGUGGGCGCCGUGCGAUGCGCACGGCUGCUGGCGGCGCUGCUGCCGCACUGGCUGAGCCGCCCGCACGGCGCGGCGUACGUGCUCAACAAUGCGCGCCGCACGGGCGUCGACGCGUUCGCGGCCGCAUGCGAGGCGCACCAGCUGCGCGUCGAGGAGAUCUCGUGCGGCGAGACGGUGGACGAGGCGCUCGCCGCGGCGACGUGCACGCUCGGAGGCGAGGAAAGGCAGGGCCCCAGGGACGAUUACGUUCACUUCCGCGUGAUGUGGUGCGCUCCAGACGUCUCGACCACCGGGCUGUGA